AUGUCGGGCAAAUCUGCCGCUAAAGCGGUCCAGUUCGCUUCUAACUUGGCACAGUUGCAGAAUUUGAUGAAGAGAGACCCACAGUCUUACAAAGAGGAAUUUGUGAAACAAUGGCAGUACUAUCACAACUUGAUGCAGACGUUCCAACUUCAGCCGUCCAAAUAUGAUGAGAAACUAGACGAGAUGAUUACUUUCUUAUCACAGGUGAGCCACUGUUACAAGGAAGAGGUCUCUGAGCUACCAGAGCAGUUGAGCAACAUCCUCAAGAACCACAGCACCAUCUUGGACAGAACCAUGAGGAUGACUUUGGUGAAGGCUGUCAUUAUGUUGAGAAACAAGGAGAUGAUCUCGGCCGCCCAGGUGCUGCAGCUGUUCUUCAAACUACUGCGAUGUGAGGACAAGUUGCUGCGGAAGACCAUCUACCAGUAUGUUGUCUCUGACAUCAAGAGCAUCAAUGGCCGGCACAAGAACGGCAAGAUGAACAGUGUGCUGCAGAACUUUAUGUUCACCAUGCUGCAGGAGAACAAUGGUGUCACCGUGAAGACAGCCUUGGACAUCAUGAUCGAGUUGUACAAGAGAAACAUCUGGGCCGACGAGAAGACUGUCAACAUGAUUGCCUCUGCUUGUUUCUCCAAGAUCACGAAGGUCAUGGUCGCUGCCAUGAAGUUCUUCCUGGGCAAAGAUGAACUAGAAGAGAAAGAUGACAGCGACUCUGAGGACAAUGCCCCAAAGAAGUCUGCAAAAGAACUAGUUCUAGGUCACAGGGUUGCCAAGAAGACCAAGAAACGAAAGAAAAAACUGGAGCGGGCCCUGCAGGCAGUCAAUAAACACAAGAAGAAGAAGACGGCUCCUGAAGCUUUUAAUUUCUCCGCUCUUCGUCUGAUCUAUGACCCCCAGGACUUCUGUGAGAAGCUCUUCCAGCAACUGGAGAAGACCACGGAGAGGUUUGAGGUCAAGCUGUUGAUGAUCGACCUCAUCUCUCGGCUGAUCGGCAUUCACAAACUGCUGCUGCUCAAUUUCUACCCAUUCAUGAAGAGAUUUGUCCAGCCACAUCAGAGAGAGGUGACGCGUCUGCUGUUGUAUCUGGCACAAGGAAGUCACGAAGUUGUGCCCCCUGAUGCCAUGGAAGAGGUGCUUAUGACUAUCGCCAACAACUUCAUCGCAGAACGUAACUCCAGUGAGGUCAUGGCCGUCGGCCUUAACGCUGUGCGGGAAAUCUGUUCCAGGUGCCCACUAGCUAUGUCAGACGACUUGUUGCAGGACCUGGUCCAGUACAAGGGCCACAGGGAUAAAGCCGUCAUGAUGGCCGCUAGGUCCCUGAUACAGUUGUUCAGGAAAACCAAUCCGGAGUUGCUACACAGGAGGGACAGGGGGCGGCCGACAGAGGCUCUGAAGGAACUAACUGUGAUGCAUUAUGGGCAGCAGAAUGUGAAAUCUUUUAUUGUCGGUGCUGAGGUGAUCUCUGAAAUAGAAAACAAGACUGAAAGCACAGAGCAGGAACAAGAUGAGUGGGAGUCUUGCAGCGAGGAGGAUGAUGAUAGUGACAAUGAGUGGGUUGACGUAUACCACUCUUCAGAUGAGGAAGCCAAUAAGGAAGAAAAUCAAGUAACAGCAGAAGAGGCGGAGGAGAAAGAGAAGCUGGCGGAGAUCAUAUCCAGCACCCGGAUCAUGACUGAUGAUGACUUCAAGGUCAUCACUGCCAGACAGAUCGCCAAGGAGAUUGGGUCAUCAGGGUCAUCUGCUCGCAAGGCCAAAAAAAGGAAGCAGCAGGAGGCAUUCGAGGGCAGCCAUGACCUGCCCAGACUUGGUGACAUUGAGCUGGUACACAAGAAGAAAGCUCAUGACAGGGAGUCCAGGCUGGCUACUGUCAUGGCGGGCAGAGAGGGUCGAGAGAAGUUUUCCCACGGACCCCAGAAGAUGAACCCAUUUGCCAGCACCACCAACAAGGAGAAGAUGAAGAAGAAAGUCUUUACCAUGGUCAAACACAAGAUCCGCAGGAAGAAAGUUAAGCGUUCAUUUAAGGAGAAACAGGUGGCCUUGAGGAAUUCAUUGAUCAAGAGAAGCAAGAACGAACGCAGGUAG